AUCGCAUCGGGAAUCCUUGCCAUCAAAAUGGCUGUUCCAUCGACUUACGAUGAAGUCAGACUGCAUCUGCAGCAGGUGCAGCGUGACCCCUCUACCCGUUUGGACCUGACUCUCAUAGACAAGCUGAGGCUGGAGCUUACCGCAAACAUCGAUCGCAGAGUCCCCGCCACCCUCUUGAUUCAGAUCUCGCAGCUCCUCCCCAUCCUGCAGGAAGACCCCACCCCUAUUACGACGCUGGGUACGAAGGCUACUGCAUACUUCAGCUUUGCCGACCUUCGCUCUGUUGAACCUCCGAUCGAUUUUAUCUCCGGUUUCAAAGCGCCGUCCGAACCGAUCAACUUGUUGGCUCUGUCGUUGCUGAGCAAAGCGGGAAAUACCUCUAGUGAUGCUGCCAUCGUUGCCGGUGAUCCGGAACUGGUUGCAUCCUUGGUGGAGCUGUGGCUAUCGACCUCUUCUACGGCGGUAGCACAGGCGGCCUUUGACACAAUCUGGGCGCUUUUGGAGAUCGACUUGGCCAGCCCUCUCGAGAAUGUCGGGCACGAGAGCGAUGAAGCUACCGGCGGACAGGGGCUCGUCUGGAGGCGGAUCUUUACAGACAAGGAUGUCUACGGCCUGUUGUUCUCUCUAUGCAGUCUCACCGACGAUGGACCGGGGACGCUUUCCAAACGCGACAAGACCGUGGCUCAGGGAAGGCUGAUGGGGCUGCUUGUGAAAGCGGGCCGGCUGCGCUGGGAUAUGAUUUCGAGUCCACAAGUGCCAGAGGUUGAGAGGAAGUACCAGAGCAGCAGCCUUCUCCAGUUCACAUCUUGCUAUAUGGUCGACCGGAGUGAUGUGCUCAUGCAUAUGACUCUCGUGAACUUUUUCCAUGAUCUUCUGGAAAUUGACGCCCCUGGUCUUCUUGCACGGACUAUUGUGCAGUCAGCGUCUACUUUCUCCUCCCCCGCUUUAGAUUUUCUCAUCUCGCAAAACAUCCACACCACCCUACUCGAGUACUACUUGGACGAGUCAAAGCUGGACUCGGUCGACCUGGCUUACCUAUGCGGGCCUAUCAUGACUUAUGUUGCGCAGUACGCUGAGCUGUAUCCCAACCAUUUCCUGCAAAACCCACAGCAUCUGCUGGACCGGAUACUGUCUCGCAUUUCUGCCUCGGUGACGAUCUCGUCUUCCCAGUGGGCGCAUGGGCCGGUCCCGAGCGGGCAGUUGAACGUUCUCUCUUGUCUGCCGCGAGUGCUGCUCGUGGAAGCCAGCAAACAAGGGUUGAAUCCGGUUCUGGCCGUGCCCACCAGUCCUCCCAACAAAGAGGCUCUCGACGUGCUGUCCAAGAUCCUCCAUGGUCCGGUCAAGCAAGUUGUGGCAGACUCGAUGGAGCUCAAUGCUUCGGGGCAGAUGCCGACCGACUGGCACAAGGAGGCAGCGGCCGCACGCGCCCUAUACUUUAUGUACACCAAUCAUCACGCUAAUUUCUGGACGGAUGUUGUUGCCACGGCUGACCUGCUCGCCAUGAAGGAUGUAUCUUUGGCGUCCAUCUCACUCAUGAAGUCUCUUAUUACCGCUAAUUGGCAGAUCCUGACGGGUGAAGUCACCUCGUCCGUGCCUGGCACCUCCCGAUACCAGCUCCCCACGGAACAAGCUUUGGAGAGCUUGUCCCCGGCUACACAGGGAGUUCUCCCGUCGUCCGGUGCCUGGGCGGCCCUGACCCCGCCGGCGUUGACCAUCCUGUUGCCGUAUCUGUUCAAGCCUCCUCGCUCGUACGCCGAGUUUGUCGGCGGCGGUGCCGGCGACUCGCAGAACGCGGUCUGGAAAGUAGCCACGGCGAAGCACGAGGUCUUGGUGGCGCUGUAUGAUUGUCUCAAGGAAAGCGGUGGACAAAUGGAGGGAUGCGAGGAUAUCAUGCGUACGCUGCGACAACGCGUGAACGAGGGGCCAUGGGGGCCUGUAUCUGAGACUGCAAACCAAGUUGCAACGGUUGGCCUGUGAUCAGACUAAGUCGGGACGAAUUACGAUAGCAUUAGAUACCUUUCUUAUGAAGCACUUGAUACAUAGCCAUA